AUGUUACUGCAGAGCUUGAAAUGUUCACGUCUUACGAAAUCACCGCAAGUGUAUUGGACUUUUAGAAACUUUACAACCAUACGCCAGAAUUAUCCCACAAAGUUGUUACAAAAUGGUUUCCCCAAAACACAACAACAACUUUUGCAACCAAAGAGCCACCAGGUUAGCUUAUGGCUGUUGCGACGACUGAAAAGUGUAGAAGCUGCUGAAAAGGUCAAGGCGCCAAAGGUUAAAAUUAAGAGAAGCGAUGUUGCUCGCCUUAUGGGCUUGGCAAAAUCUGAAAAGUUGGUACUUGCUGCUGCCAUUGGCUGUUUGGUGAUUUCAUCUACAAUAACAAUGAGCGUUCCAUUUGUUCUUGGCAAAAUACUGGACAUUAUAUUCGACAAAGAUAGUGAAAAGGCCGGUAAAGCACUGGACAGGCUGAAGCAUUUUUCGUUGAUACUUUGUGGUGUUUUCCUCAUAGGCGGCUUAGCAAACUUUGGACGUAUUUAUUUUUUCAAUAGUGCUUCAUUACGCAUAGUACGAGAUUUACGUUCAAAGUUAUAUAGAAGGAUGUUGAAUCAGGAAGUCGGAUGGUUUGAUAAAAAAGGUACUGGCGAACUUGUAAAUCGUUUGGCAACUGAUACUUAUUUAGUAGGAAACUCGCUGAGUCAAAACCUAUCAGAUGGCUUACGGUCAACAGUCAUGGUUUUAGCAGGUACAUCUAUGAUGAUAUACACCUCACCACAGUUGGCUCUCAUCAGUACUUGUGUGGUACCUUGCGUUGCUGGAAUAGCAAUUGUGUAUGGCCGUUAUGUUCGUAAAAUAACUCGCAGUCUUUUGGACAAGCUAGCCGAUAUAUCCAAGGCAGCAGAAGAGCGUUUGGGAAAUGUUAAAACCGUUAAAACGUUCUCGAGAGAAAAUGAGGAGUGUAAAACCUACGACAAUUUACUGGGAGAAGCUCUGCAAUUAGGUUACAAGGAAACAUUGGCUCGUGCCAUGUUCUUUGGAACGACUGGAAUGUCCGGUAACAUCAUUAUAAUAUCCGUUUUGUAUUACGGUGGCAAUUUGGUCAUUCAAGAUGCAUUAUCUAUUGGUGCUCUGACGUCAUUCAUUUUAUACGCUGGCUAUUCGGCCAUUUCCCUAAAUGGUCUUUCCAAUUUUUACACCGAACUUAACAAAGGAGUGGGUUCAGCUCAGCGUAUAUGGGAAAUAUUAGACCGCAAAUGUUUAAUACCCACGAAUGUUGGUAUUAUGCCAGAGACAAAACCUCGAGGAGAUGUUAUAUUUGAUGGGGUUAAUUUUAGUUUUCCUGCCAGACCAGAUUCUAUAGUUUUAAAUGAUUUUAAUUUAGUUUUACGACAUGGCGAAACUACUGCUCUUGUUGGACGCAGCGGUUCGGGCAAAAGUACAAUAGCAUCAUUGCUACUUAGAUUAUAUGAUCCGGUGAAGGGGCGUGUUUUAUUGGACAAUCUCGAUUUGAGGGAAUUGAGUCCUGUAUGGUUAAGACAACAUAUUGGAGCUGUGAGUCAGGAGCCUGUGCUUUUCUCUGGCACAAUUCGUGAGAAUAUCCUAUACGGUAUAAAUCCAGGCGAAACGAUAAAAGAAUCAGAAUUUGAAGAAAUUGUGCGUAAAGCUCAUGUCGAUGAGUUCACAGAACAAUUGCCCAACGGUUUGGAUACUUUAGUUGGGCAAAGAGGCAUGAUGCUGAGUGGUGGACAAAAACAAAGAGUGGCAAUAGCAAGAGCUUUAAUCAAAAAUCCCACCAUAUUAAUAUUGGACGAAGCUACAAGUGCUUUAGAUUCCGUCUCUGAGGAAUUGGUCCAAAAUGCAUUGGAAGAAUUGGCAAAGGGAAGGACUUGUUUGACAAUAGCCCAUCGACUUAGCACAAUACGUAAUGCAGAUACAAUUGCAGUUUUAGAAAAUGGUCAAGUGGCUGAGCAAGGUACAUAUGACGAUCUUAUUACACAAGAUAGCGGAACAUUUAAGGAACUAGUGAAAAAGCAAGCUUUCCUGAUGAACACCUAAUAGCACAAUUAAGUC